UAUAAGUUAGCGUCCAAGAUAAAAAACGCAUCAAAACGAAAAAUCUGGUCGACGCAAUACGCUUAUUAUCGCUUAUUAGUUAAUAGUUAUUAAUUAUUACUAUUUACUACCUACUUACGUAGACUCGUACGCAACUAUACAAACGAUUUUUAAUAUUAUUAUAUAAUUAUUAUAUCGACACAUAUCAAUAGUUUGAUACCUAAUGUUAGUAAUUUAUCUUGAAUAGGUAAUAUGUUUAUAUUAUAUUAUUAUCCAUGUAAUUUCUUAUUUAUGUAUACUGUACUCCUCGGGUUGGACACACGUUUAAUAAUCGCAUAAAAGAUUAUACAUUUAUUGCGAACAAUUCAUUGCAUGAAGAUAGUUGCAUCCAUGAGAUUGAGGCAAACUCAGGAGCGUAAGAGUAUUUUAAGAAGAAGAAACUAGCGAAGUUUGGCCGUUGUUGAACUAAACAAAAUAUACAAUGUUUGAUCUUAUCAAGCUGGCCUUUAUGGCUUGUGAUGAAGAUGCAAAAGAAUGGUAUAACACUGUCCCUAGAAAUGUUGUUAGAGUUGAUGUGCAAAAUUGUUGUAUAGAACUAAUUAAUGUCACAAUGGAAAACCGUAUAAAUCCAUCAAAUACUGAAUUGUGUGCAGAAGCAGCAUUCUAUGGCCAUCUUGACUGUUUAUCAUAUGCUCAUCGUUUAGGAUAUUUAUGGAAUGAAACGACAUGUGCAUCAGCAGCAUGCAGCGGACAACUCGAUUGUUUGGAAUACUUGAGAGAAAAUGGAUGUGCAUGGGAUGUAGAAACAUGUAUAUAUGCUGCAUGUAAUGGUGAUUUGCUUUGUUUAAAAUAUGCAGUUGAAAAUGGAUGUCCGGUUACCAAAGAUGCAAUGAACUGUUCUGCAAAAAAUGGUUAUUUAGACUGUUUAAAAUACUUGCAUGCCAAGGAAGUAAUGUGGGACGAAUUCACAUGUUCAUAUGCUGCAGAAAACGGUCAUAUUGACUGUUUAAGAUACCUCCAUGAAAACGGGUGCCCAUGGAACGAACAUGUAAGCUACUGGGUUGCAUUGAAUGGUCAUCUUGAAUGCCUAAUAUAUUCCCAUGAACAUGGAUGUCCAUGGAAUGACCUAGUAACCUGCUUCGCUGCAAUAAAGGGACAUUUAAGCUGCAUGAUAUAUGCUCAUGAACACGAUUGUCCAUGGCAUGAAGAUACCACUUUCUAUGCAAGAAUGGGCAGACACACAGAUUGUUUAAUUUAUGCCCUUGAUAACGGUUGUGAGUUGAAUGAUAAAAAAUACACAAAAUAACAAUUGAACUAUCAACUGAAGAAUAAUAUUAUAUUAAUUUCAAACAGAUUAUUUAAUGUUUGCCGUGUAUAUAACUCAAUGAUUCCUAAAAAAAAUACAAGCUUGUACUUUUUU